AUGAAGUUCGCUAAGGUUCUAGAGCAGACCCUCGUUGAAGAAGAAAUUCCUGACGAUUGGGUAGAAGCUGCUAUCAAGUAUAAGACUUUAAAGAAAUGUAUCAAUCAAGUUGUCAAAGAACUUUCACUUCUUGGACUCGGUCAAAAUACCCUCAAAUUAAUCCUCCACAACGACCAGAGUGUCAUAGAAGUGCCACAAGAAGACGCAAAUGCAUCCAAUCCCGCAAUCGCUCAUUAUUCCUUGACUAAAAAAGACAAUAACAUCAUCUCAACUUUGAAAAUAUCGUUUGAUUACUCAAACGAAGAAUAUACUGAUGACCACAUCCAUGAGCUAGCACAGGAGAUCAAGACGCGUAUCGAGAAGUUGCUAGAUGAUGACCAGGAGCUUACAGCGGCAAAGGUUGUUGAACUUACUGAUGCCGAUAAAUUAGUCAUUUCCCCGCAAUCGUCCCAUAAAGUAGAAGAGGCAGACGAGACCAAGUCAGAUUCUCCCAAGUCCAAAAGGGUCAAUUUGGAGAUUGUUCUCAACCUGGACUCGAAGUUUUUCAGUAUGUUGAACGAGGAAUUGGAGUCGUUGGACGCUUUCAAGAAGCGCGAAGAGGACAGACUUAUGAACGAAGUCGACCAAGUAAGGUCGCUGUUAGUCACGUUGGCAAGUCCCGAAAAGUACCGCAAGGGUGACCUCUACAAAUGGAGAGAGGUUUUCAGGAUGUACUUGGAUUCUGAAGUGUUUUUCCGUUAUAACGAGGCUACUUCUUCUGGUUCUGAACGAACGGCAGACCAGGUUAAGAAAAACUUGGAUUCAUUUAUGGAGCGUGCACAAAAGUCUGGAAUACUAACCAGUUUCCGUAAUAAAAAAAGCAAGCUCGCUUUCAAUCAAUUCGCCCAGAUUAACACCCAUUUGUUGAAAGUGCUCCAGUUUCAGUCAAUUAAUUCAACCGCCUUGAGAAAGAUUCUCAAAAAGUUCGACAAACAAACAUCGUUGGGUAUCCGCAAUGAGUUCCCCAAAUUAAUAUCUAAUGACCAUGUGUUUAUGACAGGAGCAUCUAUAGCUCAGUCUGUUUGCUAUGUCAUUCAAUCGUCUAUUCUCAAGCUUGUUCCACAACUCGAAGAUUUCACUUGUCCCAUUUGUCUUUCCAUAGCAUACAAGCCAAUCAAAUUGAACUGUGGACACGUUUUCUGUGUGCGAUGCUUAGUGAAGAUGAAGCAGCGGUCGAAGGCAGAUUGUCCAAUAUGUAGACUUCACAAUGCAGUUCUUGAAGCUGAUGGCUCCAACUUGGAUGAGAAGUCACUCGUGAUAAUGAAGCGCUACUUUCCUACAGAAGUACGCAUGAAACUCAAGGAGAGAGACCAGGAACACUACUCUGAGUUUGUUGGCCAAGGUAAAUGUAUAAUAAUGUAG